GCUGCGAAAACCAAAGGGAGAAAAACAUAACAACCCUCUCAUCUUCUUCGUCUUCGUCUUUUUUUUCUCAAAUUCAGACAAAAAUCUCUGAAGAGAAAAAAUAAAAACGGCAAAAAGUUUGGUAUGCAUUAGUGUAAAUGGAUGAUUCUGAGAAAUUGACAGCUUUGAAGAGGGCCUAUGCUGAUAUAAUCCUUAACACUGCGAAAGAAGCUGCGGGGCGUAUUUUGUCGUCUGAGAGAAAAGCUCUCCGGUAUGAGAGGGAGCUCUUUUCAACUAAAGAAGAAGCACUUCAGAUGCUUCUUAGGCUUAAAAAGACCUUUGAUUUUAAGGUAAUUGAAGCAGAUAAAGCAUCUUUGAGUCAGCAGAGAAAGAUUGAAGAGCUAGAAGCUCAAUUGCAGGAAGCUGAGGAUAUAGUGAGAGAUCUCAGGGAAGAGUUGAGUGAGGUGCAUGCCAAAUUGGAGAAUACAAAGAAAAACCAAGCAACAGCACUGGAUGAGAGAAAUUUAAAGCGUGAUACAACUACACAUGAAAAUGGAAUUUCUCCAAUAAACAACCAAGUGGAGUCUUUGAAUGAGCAAAAUUUAGAGAGUGAUAUUACUACACAUGAAAAUGGACUUCACAAUGCUGAGUCUACAUUUUCUCAGCCUAAUUCACAACUUGAUCCAGAAAAAAAUUCUGGCUUGCACAAAAUUUUGAAUGGAAAAUUUGAAGGUAGCAUAUGUUACAGUGCAGACAAUUCUCACGCGAAUCAAUGCUACAAUGAUACCCCUGGGUUUGUUUCUUUGGUAAUGAGAAGGAAAGAGCCUGAGCUGUACAAGAAUGGAUGUACUCAGAGAAUUCGUGCAAUUGAAAGAAAGUUGUUGGAUGGAGAUUCACCCGACUCCAAAUUAAAUAAUGAUGCAAAAGAUGGGACAUUCAUUGGUAGAAAUGAUGACGGCGAAGGGGUACAUGUAAUGUGUACUCUAAAGGAUGAAAAUUAUGUGGUACAAGAAACCCCAUGUACAACCAAAGUGACCCUUAUAGAUUAUAGCCAUGUCCUGGAGAUUCCCUACAAAUCUUUUCGGAAAAAGAGGAGAAGAGCAGCUAGAUAUAAGAAAUCUUUAGUUACUUCAUGCAAAAAUGUUCCUCAUAAUCUGGUCAAGGAAAAUUUUCAAGAAGAGUCUGGUCUUAUAGUUGAUAAUGAAAAUGAAUUGAUCAAUUCUUGCAUGAAAACUGUAGAGGAACUUGGUAAAGAAACAAUACCCGCUUCAUCUCCAAAAUAUGAUGGAAUUGAAUUGAAUACACCGUCAAGAUGUGCAGAUGCUACAGGAAGUCAUGUGGAGGCAACUGGUGAAGAUGAGGCCUCAAUUAAUAAAUCGGAUUUGACAAGACGGGAAAGUUUAUUAGUGGAGCUGGAGGUUCCACCUUGCAAAACAGAUCUUCAGGAACAUAAGGAAUCAGAAGGCAAAUUGGGUGCGAAAGUAUCUGAUUUAGAUAAUGGGGUUGAAGGUCCACCUGUAGGUAGUAAGUUUCUUAAGUACACAUUUCGAAGAAAACGCAAGAAAAGUGCUUUAUGCAGUCCUGAACAAAACAGUUCUUUAAAAAGAAACACUGCCGAGAAACAGAAUGAUUCUCUGGAGCCACAAAGCUCCGGCUUGAUAACUGAUUCAUCUCGGGAUAGUCGACGAUUAGCACAAGUUGCUCACCAGCUUAUUUCUUUGUCAGAGAAGAAAUGGUGGUAGCAAAGGCCAAGAGGACAUUUUCAGAGAAAAUCAAACUCAAAUCUCUCUACUGAAGAAGGUUUUUGGUUAGGAAUAGGUAGAUGAUGAGUUGUAGAUCACCAAGUAACUAAUUUAGUAUAUCAUUAACUACAGUUAUUGUAUUUCAAAUCCCUUUCUCAAAAGUCAAAAGUCAAAACAAUGAAGUUAAUUUAUAUUUUGCAAUUUCCAUUCUUGGAUAAUUUCUGAGUGAUUGGUAUAUCAAUAUAUUGCAAUAUUACCCAUUGUUAUAUUA